AUGUACUCAACGGCACCGCUUCCAGAUGAGGAGCAGUACAGCUACACGAACUACGCAAUGGAGACGCCAACGCCCACCACGCCGGGCGACUGCAUCCCGGGCAUAUUCCAGCAGCUGGACUCGCUGGCGACCUGCGUCGACUCCGACUUCGACGAGAGCCUCGCCGUGCCCGAGUCCCUGUCCGUGAUAGACGCGGACAAAACCGGCAACCGGGAGGAGACGGACGCCAGCGCACCGCAAGCAAGCGUACCUUUCAAGGCCAUACACAACCCACCGAUAAAGUUCAACUCGGUGCACAGGAAAGUGUUCAUACCGGCCGUCGAGAUAAAGGUCAGAUUCGUCGAGAACGAGAGGAGCGUCACCACUCAUCUGCUCAAUCCGAAUCUAUACACUAUACUCCUGCAGCACGGCGACUUCAAAUGGACGAUCAAAAAGAGAUACAAACAUAUAUUGUACCUUCACCAACAGCUGACACUGUACCGGGCGUCGCUGAACAUACCGUUCCCUACCAAAACGCACAAGUCCCGAAGGGCGAGUUUCAAAAACACGCUCAACACGGAGGAGAAGGCGGAGAAGAUCGCUUUGGAGGCCGUGCCCAGGAGCAAUUCGAAGCGGCGGGAGGGCAGGCCUAGGAAGAGGAAAGGCGCGUUGCCAAGAUUCCCAAAGAAACCCGAGGUCAUGAUUACAUACGAGGGCAUACAACUGAGGAUGAAACAACUUGAGGAGUACCUUUACAACUUGCUCAACAUAUCGAUAUACAGAAACCACCACGAAACGGUGAAGUUCCUGGAGGUGUCGACGGUCUCCUUCAUAUCGGAGCUGGGCUCCAAGGGCAAGGAGGGCAUGAUCCAGAAGCGCACAGGAUCCACGCAGCCCGGCCAGGCCGGCUGCAACUGCUUCGGGCUCCUCGGCAACAUGGUCUGCGUCAGGUGCCACUAUUGCUGCACCGGGCUGGUGUGCGCCAAGUGGCAGGAGCGGUGGCUCUUCGUGAAGGACACCUUCUUCGGCUACAUCAGGCCCAGCGAUGGGGUCAUCAAGGCCGUCAUGCUCUUCGACCAGGGGUUCGAGGUGUCGAGCGGUAUGUACUCGACGGGGCUGAACCACGGGCUGCAGAUACUGAACCAGAGCCGUCAGAUGGUGAUCAAAUGCUGGACGAAGCGGAAGAGCAAAGAGUGGAUGACCUACCUCAAGACUGUGGCGAACCAAUCAGCGCGCGCGUUCACGCAGCCGAACGUGCACCAGUCGUUCGCGGGCGCGCGCGCCGGCGCCCGCGUGCUGCCGCUGGUGGACGGCGCGGCCUACCUGGCGGCGGUCGCCGACGCGAUGGAGCUCGCGCGCGAGGAGAUCUUCGUGGCGGACUGGUGGCUCAGCCCCGAGCUCUACAUGAAGCGGCCCGCCCUCGACGGCGACUACUGGCGGCUGGACUGCAUACUCAGGCGGAAGGCGGCUCAAGGUGUGAAGGUGUUCGUGAUGCUGUACAAGGAAGUAGAGAUGGCGCUGGGCAUCAACAGCUACUACAGCAAGUACAUAUUAACGAGGAAAAGUGAAAAUAUUAAAGUGAUGCGGCACCCUGACCACGCGAAGGCGGGCGUGCUGUUCUGGGCGCACCACGAGAAGAUCGUGUGCGUGGACCAGACCGUGGCUUUCGUGGGGGGCAUCGACCUCUGCUACGGCCGCUGGGACGACCACAGGCACAGGCUGACGGACCUGGGCAACAUCGCGCAGCCGAAGAGCUCGAUCCGCAGCAAGAAGAAGACGUCCAGCUCGCCCGGGGGCGGGCUGCGGCUGGCGGGGGACGCGCCCGCCGCGGCGCUGCAACUCGCCAGGGCCUCCAGGGACGUGGUGCUGGGCAUCGACGAACCGCUGCAGAACGGCAUCAGCGAGCCGCGGGAAGGGGAGCAGCCCGAAACGGAGAACGUACCGGACGAGGGUAUACCGGUGCUGGAGCCAGGGGACAAGCUGCUGAUAGCCUCUGCCAAGCAGACCGAGGAGUCGUUAGAAACGCCCGAGAACCAGAAGAGGAAUGUGCUGAACAAACUGACAGACAGGGGGAAGGACAUUAUCAGCAUGAUAUACCCCCCGUUCGAGGAGGACAGGAACGAACAGAAGUUCGACGACUCGGAGAGGAAGAAGGCGGAGAAGUACGCGCUGUCGAACAGCCAAGUCAUGUUGACGGACGCCCUCGGGGUGAAGAGCCACUCGGCACAACCCACCCCCACCCCCACCCCGCUGGCCCAGGUGGUGGAGGGGAGGGUGGUGGCGGAGAGCACGAGGCAGCCGCGGGGGGUGGAGGGCAACUCGAAGCUGUGGAUCGGCAAGGACUACACUAACUUCAUUGUGAAGGACUUCAAUAAUCUGGACCUGCCUUUUGUGGACCUGGUGGACCGGCACACGACGCCGCGCAUGCCGUGGCACGACGUGGGCGUGCUGGUGCAGGGCGCCGCGGCCAGGGACGUGGCGAGGCACUUCGUGCAGCGCUGGAACGCCAUCAAGCUGGAGAAGUACAGACAGAACACAAACUACCCUUACCUGCUGCCGAAGACCUACAACGAAAUAAAGCCUCUCCAGGACUUGGAAGAAACACUCAAUCUCGAUAUUCAGACCGCUUCGUGUCAGGUGCUACGCAGCGCGUCCGGCUGGUCGUGCGGCUUCCUCGACCCCGACACGGUGGAGCAGAGCAUCCACGAGGCGUACGUGGACGCCAUCACGCGCGCCCAGCACUACGUCUACAUCGAGAACCAGUUCUUCAUCACGCUCUCUAGGACCAACGUCACCGUCAGGAACCAGAUCGGCGAGGCGCUGUUCAACCGCGUGGUGCGCGCGCACAAGGCGGGCGAGCGGUUCCGCGUGUUCGUGGUGAUGCCGCUGCUGCCCGCCUUCGAGGGCGAGGUGGGCGCCCCGUCCGGCACCUCGCUGCACGCCGUCACGCACUGGAACUACCAGAGCAUCUGCAGGAGCCGCGAGGCGAUCCUCACCCGCCUGUACGAGGCCGGUGUUCCGGACCCCGGCGAGUACAUCACCUUCCACGGCCUGAGGACGCACUCGCUGCUGGACGGCGAGCCUGUCACCGAGCUGAUCUACGUGCACUCGAAGCUGCUGAUCGUGGACGACAAGACUGUCAUCUGCGGCAGCGCCAACAUCAACGACCGCUCCAUGCUGGGCAAGCGGGACUCGGAAAUCGCCGUGCUCAUCCAGGACGAGCAAUUCGACGAAGGCACAAUGGACGGCAGGCCGUUCCCCAGCGGAAGGGUGGCUGGAGCGCUGCGGAGGCGGCUAUUCGCGGAGCACCUGGGGCUGAUGGAGGCGCCCCCCGGAGCGCCCAGCAUCGAGGACCCCUGCAGCGGCGCCUUCUACCGGGGCCUGUGGAAGGCCACCUCAGCCACCAACACGGCCGUCUACGAGGAGGUGUUCCACUCAAUACCUACCGACUCGGUGCACAGUUUCGCCGAACUGAAGAAAUACCAAGAGGAGCACAGUGAAACCCUGUGGCGAAGCGAUCCCGCCUUGGCCAACAGGAAAAUCGACCUCAUCCAAGGCUACCUGGUCGAUUUUCCGCUGAAUUUCCUGUGCAACGAGGUGCUCACGCCAAGGAACACCUCGAUGGAGGCGCGACCGCAGCGCCCGUGCCGGCUGCGGCUCCGCGCGCAAACACGCGACAAAACACUCGUGCGCUCAAAGAUGGCGGAUGGGUCGCCCGAACGCCGCGCCGCCCGGACUCAAUCGGACGAUUUAACUUUUUCCGCGGCCGAUCACUCGCAUGGUGACAUAAAAAAGUGCCGUGGACAAACCCCGGACGGCGGUAGGUUGGUGUUGUCGUUCUACAAGGAACUGGAGACGAGUGAUUCGAGUGAGGAAAGUGCUUCGAGCGGCGUGGUCGCUAGCGAUGCCGCGGUGCCAGGCGCUACGGAUUCCCGAAAAUCGCCUCGCACCAACACCGUAGUCGGUGACGACAGGAAGAAGCGAUGCAUCGACAGAUACGACAGCUCCGAGUCUUCUGACAGUGAAACUGGCUUCGGGGUAAAAGAGAGGAGUAUGUGGCGGCAGAAGCUGUUGCGAACCUUGACCGUGGGGCAGAGGGAGGAGGGUGGGAGGAACCCCGGGUGCCGCCAAGCCGCGGAUGCGAUAAAUAUUAACACACGAAGGUGGUCUACUGCUCUGAAUAUGCGAGCU